CGGGGCGUUGAGCCGCCUUGGGCUGCCCGGGCCCGGAAGCGGCGGCGGCGGCGGCGCAGGCACCGCAGAGUCGGCCAUGGCUGUGAACCUGAGCCGGAACGGGCCGGCGCUGCAGGAGGCCUACGAGCGAGUGGUCAAGGAGAAGUCCCCGACCGACUGGGCCCUCUUUACCUAUGAAGGCAACAGCAAUGACAUCCGUGUGGCUGGCACUGGGGAGGGGGGCCUGGAGGAGAUGGUGGAGGAGCUCAGCAGUGGAAAGGUGAUGUACGCCUUCUGCCGAGUGAAGGACCCCAACUCCGGCCUGCCCAAGUUUGUCCUCAUCAACUGGACCGGCGAGGGUGUGAAUGACGUGCGGAAGGGAGCGUGCGCCAACCACGUCAGCACCAUGGCCAGCUUCCUGAAGGGGGCCCACGUGACUGUCAACGCCAGGGCUGAGGAGGACGUGGAGCCCGAGUGUAUCAUGCAGAAGGUGGCCAGGGCCUCGGGGGCCAACUACACCUUCCACAGAGAGAGCAGCCGCUUCCAGGACAUGGGCCCCCAGGCCCCAGUGGGCUCUGUGUACCAGAAGACCAACGCUGUGUCUGAGAUCAAAAGGGUUGGCAAAGACAGCUUCUGGGCCAAAGCAGAGAAGGAGGAGGAGACCCGCAAGCUGGAGGAGAAGCGGCGGGCCGAGGAGGAGCGGCGGCGGCUGGAGCAGGAGCGCCGAGAGCGGGAGCUGCGCGAGGCCGCACUCAGGGAGCAGCGCUGUGGGGAGCAGGGCGCCGAGGCCGGACCCCAGAGGAAGGGUGAGCCGCACGAAGCGCUUUCCAGGAGCCGAGCGGAGCCGGAGCCUGUCUGUCCACAGCCAGCACACCCACGGGAGAUUUUCAAGCAGAAGGAGAGGGCCGUGUCCACCACGUCCAUCUCCAGCCCCCAGCCAGGCAAGCUGAGGAGCCCCUUCCUGCAGAAGCAGCUCACCCAGCCGGAGACCCCCCUCAGCAGAGAGUCAGCUCACGCCACCUCAAGGCCCAGGGCAGGCAAGACUCUGGGCUGCCCUGUGGGGGUUUGGGGGUGGGAGGGAGACGUGGCCUGUCCUCUCCCCUCCCCUGGGUCAGAGUGGGCCGUGUCCUCCCGUGCAGAUCUCCGCGAGGAGCCGGUGCCCAGCGCCCCUCCGUGCUCGGUGCCGGUGGAAGAGGAGGCCGUGUACGAGGAGCCCCCAGAGCAGGAGACCCUCUACGAGGAGCCUCCAAUGGUGCAGCAGCAAGAUACCAGCUCUGAGCCCACUGACCACUACCCGGGGCUGAGUGGGAAAGGCCUCUGUGCCCGGGCCCUGUAUGACUACCAGGCAGCCGACGAUACCGAGAUCUCCUUUGACCCUGAGAACCUCAUCACGGGCAUUGAGGUGAUUGACGAAGGCUGGUGGCGUGGCUAUGGGCCAGACGGCCGCUUUGGCAUGUUUCCCGCCAACUAUGUGGAGCUCAUUGAGUGAGGGCCCCGACUGCUGGCCGAAGCCGAGGGCUGUCCUCCCUCCCCCGCCCAGACGCGAUGCCCUCGUUGCCGGGAGAGGCGGCGUGAGGGUCGCGUAUGGCGCUUUUCUAGGAAUGGGAUCACCUGAUGAGGGCAGGCCCUCGGGCUCCCUCCGGCUUGGGUGGCUCGGCCUCUGUUGCCCCAAAUGCAGCAAUAACCUGGUCAUCUCCACGCGCGCUUCCAGCAGCUUCCCUAGUCCUCCCAACCAGCCUGGUCCUUGACCCACAGCAGAAGACAUCGAGCCAAGCCCUGCCCAGGGCCAGCCUCUCGGUGACCUCUGCCCAAGGAGCGGGGCACUGCCAGUCUGCGGGGGUGGGUCUGAGCAGGGGCAUCUAGAGGUCUCCUUCUGCACUUGCCUUUUUUUCCUUUUCCUCUUGGCUUUAAGGGGGACGGUGUCUGUAGCUAUCAGUGACCCUUGGGAACAGUGAACUUAGAGUUUAUGACCAAAGUCAGAGUGGGUCCUGACAAUUUUGGUAGCAGUCUUUCUGGAACCUGCUCUGUGCCCCCCAUUUCUCUGUCCCUCUGCCUGGGUUCUGGGCAGUGGAACCAAGCCCCCAUCUAAGUAUGUGAAGGAAGAGGUAGAAACAGCAGCAGACACUGUGUGUCCUUCCACGUCUCUCGCUCUUGUCUGCUGGCCCCAGUGUGCACCUCAGUUGAUAACGGUUUAGGGAAAGGAACCAUGGUGGCCUGUUCCUCCUGUCUUUCCUUCUUUCUGCCCCAGCCCAGCCAUGUCUGCUUCUGGAGUAAGAAGUGCCCCACACCGGCCCUGGCUCCUUUCCCUCCUGUUGUAGCCCUCGUGUGUGCACCCUCAGACUUCUGAGCAACCCUUAGCCACCUGGGAGAGGCAUAAAGGUCAACGUGUGACUGCAAGUCAGCCUCCUGCAUUUC